GCAAGGAGAUAUAUAUAUCGGCGCAAGCAGCUUCAAUGACGGAUGCAACAUGAAAAUAACUCAAGGCUGUCAUGAAUUAUUAUAAGAACUUAUUGGUCGUCGUUACUAUUGUUAAAAGUAAAACGAAAUCAAAGAGAAUAGAACUAUGUUUGAAUUCUGGUAUAAAUAUGACGCCUGGACGCACGACAGCGGACUGGAGAGUUCAGCGAGUGCGGAUCAUAAAGAAUGUGAUUAUGAAGAACCUUCGAGAAAUACAAGAACAUUUAGAAGAAUUGAAGUUUCAUUUUAAAAUAUCUGGAACGUACUGAAACAAGUGACAGUAGUGACGUCAGCGAGGCUGGCGUCCUGUCUUUAAAAUAGUAAAUUUGUAAUGAAUCCGAUAUAUAUAUAGUAAUUUUAUAUAAUAUAUGUGUGUCCUGAUAGUGAUUUGAUAAAGUGUACAGAGUAAAAAUGUAAAUAUACAAUUUUGACCUACAUACAUUCUGAAGGCGCGGAAAUUAUGUAACUGGUCUACUGGACACCUUCAUGCAUCUGACUACGUCAAGGAGAAGAGUCUUAUUUAAUUCAAUAGAAUACUCGUAACUCUGAUUAUUCCAAGAUCUACAUUCAAUUAGAGACCCAACAUAUUUCAUAUACUAGUAUAUGUACUUCAAAAUGCAUUAUCACAAUAAAACAUGUCUAAAAAUAAUACUUUUGGCUGCUCUACUGUUCGUAUUAUACACCAUAUACUACAAAAUGACUACGUAUCAAGACUUACUGAUGGACGAAAUAAACUUGCAACAAAAUUUGGUUUAUAAAUACGAUGCCAGUGACUACUUAAUCUACACCCCGGGUUGUUCGAUUCCUUACUAUUCAAAGACGUAUAAUAUCAAAGAACCAGAGGACUUGAAGAAAUCUUGCGGGACAAGAACGGUAUUUGUUAAGAAGAAAACUGAAAGUAUAAUAAUCUUUACAAUAAAUAAAGACGAUAUGAAUUGUUGUUACCAGUUCGUGUCUCCGUCAAUAACUAACCAUAAAAUAGAUGUAAGGAAGUUAAGGUAUUCAAUUUGCACACCUUUUAAAAAUGGUACGGAAACUCAGCUCGAGGAAGAAGUCGUUUUGGUAACUUGUAAACCUAUAAAAUCACCAAACCGACGUAAAAAUAAAUAUGGAAGUAUUUACAAAGAUGCAUACGCAUUUGUUAAAAAAUAUAACAGAAGUACUGAAAUAAUAAGUGAUCACAAAAAAUGGAACAUCCUAAUUUUAGGUAUGGAUACCAUGUCGAGAGCGCGAUUCUACACAAGCAUGCCAAAAACAGCAAAAUACUUUAAGAAACAUAAAUGGUUGGAUUUCAGCGGGUACCAAAAGGUAGGGUACAACACGUUUCCAAAUAUCAUGGCUUUACUAACUGGAAAGAAUAUGUCCACGGUAUAUAAAACAUGCUCUUCAGGUAUGGACCACUGUAAUGAUAUGAUAAUAUGGUCAAAUUUUAAAAAAGCUGGUUACAUAACUGCUACUGGGGAAGACAAUUUACGACUACCCGACACAUUUUCAAAAUACGGUUACGUGUCUGCGCCUACAGAUCACUACUUGAGACCGCUUUUUCUGACGGGGGAAGAUAUAACGGGAAACCUUGUUUGUACUAAAAAACUAUCGUCAGUCAAGCAUAUUCUUGAUUAUGCCAUAGACUUCGUUGUUUCUUAUAGCAACCAAAAAUCUUUUGGAAUGUUUUGGACAAACUCAUACAGCCAUAAUUUAAAUAAUAUCCCAUCUCUGAUAGAUGAAGAUAUAGUGAAUUCCUUCCAAAAAAUGUAUAAAUCUGGGAUUUUAAGUAACACUUUUAUAUUUUUUCUAAGUGAUCAUGGAAUACGGUAUGGUAACUCAAGAAUUCCACAUGAAUCCUAUUAUGAGGAACGGUUACCAAUGUUAUUUGUACGAGUUCCUGAGGAAUUUAGAAAAAAAUAUGUGAAAGAAUAUAUGAAUAUGCAAAUUAAUCACAAUAGAAUGGUAACACCAUACGACCUGUACCUUACAUUUUGGAAUAUUCUUGAAAACUCUACCACCCAUAAGAUAGUGGACACUUGUCCAGGUUGUUUAAGUAUAUUUAAUGAAAUUUCCCCAUAUAGGACCUGCGCUGAUGCUGGUGUUCAUGAUAAAUGGUGUACUUGCCACAAAUUAAACCCAAUAAAUAAAAAGGACUCUGAUAUAACGCGUAGCAUAAAAUUAACUGAGGAUUAUCUACACAAUGUAAUAAAAAGAAUCGAUACUAUAGAUUGUUAUAUAUGUGAAAGUUUAAAAAUAAAAUCGGUUCUAAGGACGCAUACGUAUAAUGACGAAAUAAGGAACAAUACUUAUUAUGUGGUGGCAUUUACGACUACCCCCGGUGAUGUAGGUUACGAAGCGGUAAUACUGAAACAUAAAGGUGAAUUCACAGUGUUCCCGAUUGAAACUAUAACCGCAUAUAAUACUAGAGGUAAUUGUGUUAAAAACCCCAACACCAGAGCUUUUUGUGUAUGUAAGAAAAGUUGUUGAAAAAUAUAAAAUUGAAACCGUA